AUGAAAGCCGAUUGGGAGAAAUUGAUGGCUGAAUUCAAGGAUUCUAAAACUGCCUUGAUUGCGGACGUCGACUGCACAGCCGAUGGCAAGUCGCUCUGCGACGCGAUGGGCGUCCAGGGCUUCCCCACCAUCAAGUACGGUGACCCCAACGACCUCCAAGAUUAUGAGGGUGGCCGGAAAUUCGAUGAGUUGAGCACAUUCGCGAAAGCUAAUCUUGGCCCGCAGUGUGGACCGAAGAACCUAGAUUUGUGUGACGACGCAAAGAAAGCAGAUAUCGCCAAAUUCUCCGACAUGAGUGUCAGCGAGCUCGACGAGUUCAUCGCGGCUGGUAAGGCCGAGAUCGAAGAGCUCGAGGCCGCGUUCAAGGCCUUUGUCGGCACUCUUGAUGCGCAGGUCAAGGCAGCUGGCGACAAGAAGGACGAGAUCAUGCCACGCCUGCGCCAAGAGAUUGACAUUUUUGGCGACGGGGCAAUGGACCUGCGGGCAGUCCAGCUCGUGCCUCGAGGCACGGUGGCGGACAAGGCAGAGAGCGAGAGGAAGGACGAGGCAGUUGCAGAGGUGAAGGCGUCUGGCAUGGGAUUAGCCAAGUCUGUGAAGGCCUUCAAGGCCAGCACCAGCAAGGCGGAGUUGUAG